AUGGACUUCAACCUUAGACCGUACCAGGAAGAGGUGGUGCAGGCAGCGCUCAGAGGGGAGAACAGCAUCAUCUGGCUGCCCACCGGUGGAGGAAAAACCCGUGCUGCGGUUUAUGUCACUCAUAAUCACCUGGAGACCACAGCCAAUGCCAAAGUGGCUGUGCUCGUCAACAAGGUGCAUCUAGUUGACCAGCACUUCGCAAAAGAAUUCAAGCCUUAUCUUGAGAGUAGAUACAAGAUAACAGCCAUCAGUGGGGACAGUAAUGAGAAAGACUUGUUUGGGCAUCUAGUCAAGGCCUCAGACCUGGUCAUCUGCACGGCUCAGAUUUUGGAGAAUGCCCUGAUUAGCACGGAGGAGGAAAAACACGUGGAGCUGACUGACUUUACCCUGCUGGUAAUAGACGAAUGUCACCAUACACAAAAGGAGAGUGUCUAUAAUAAGAUUAUGGGCCGCUAUGUUGAAAAGAAAUUGAGAAAAGAAGGGAAUCUGCCUCAGAUUUUGGGCCUCACCGCAUCACCUGGUACAGGAGGAAAUAGGAAACUGGAUAAAGCUGUUGAACAUGUACUGCAGAUCUGUGCCAAUCUGGACUCAGUAAUUGUGUCCACCAAGAAUUUUACACCAGUGCUGCAGAAAGUCGUCCCCAGACCCAAAAAGCAUUAUGACAUUGUUGAAAGAAGAGCUCUGGAUCCAUUUGGCGACCACUUGAAAUCAAUGAUGUCGAUGAUUCAUGAGUUUAUGCCGUCAACGGUGAGUCGCAGCCUGCGAGAGAUGGGCACCCAGGAAUAUGAAGCGGAUGUGGUGGAACUAGAAAAAACAGGUGUAAAGAAAGAGAACAGACUGAUUGCUCAGU